AUGAAUAUCAAUAACACAAUUAAUAUCAAUAAAAAUAAUAAAGAGGAGCAAGGAGAAGGAAAUAACAUUGUUCUUGUUGAUAAUCAUAUUAUAGUAGAAGAAGAUGACAGUUUAAACAAUAACCCAGAUAUUGAAUUUUUAAAAAAAUAUGAUAAUAAUGAUUUAAAGCAUGCGAUUAAAUCAUUAACUGGUGUAGUGGUUAGUGAUGAUUUUAUAUCGAUUUUACAAAAACAAAUUGCAAGCAAUGGAAAUUCAGAGAUUGACUUUGAAGAGUUUAGAGAAGCGUUUUCACAAAUCGCAAAAUCACUAUUACCAAACUAUAGCGACUUUUCAUCCACUGGUAAUAAUAGUGCAGGAUUUAUAAUCGGUGAAGAUAAUGGAGACAAUAUAAAUAACUAUGGAAGUAAUGAUAAAUCUAGACAAUCAAAUCCUCCAUCACCUCCACCCACACCGCAAAGAUCACGCUCCAACUCAUACUCUUCAUCAUCACAACUAUCCGACCUCCCAUCACCACCCAACUCACCCAGAAACUCUGAUUCUGGUUCAUCCUCACCCUUUUCAUUUUCACCACUUUCAUCAUCACCUCCAAAAUAUAUUUACUCGAAUAAUGGUAGUGGCUCACCAAAUAAUGGAUCACCUCCAAAAUACUAUACCUCCACUGUUGGUAUUUAUAAUAAACCGCCACCCAUGUCACCCAGAAGAGUACCAACCUCCUCAGCAAAUAGACCACGUUCGUCAUCUGUAAGAAAUACCUCAUCCACAACCUCAUCCUCUUCUUUCAAUAUAUAUAAUACUGGUACCAAGAAUAACAAUGGUGUUGAGCCAAUUAACGAUGAUCAACAUAUAAUGUUAUUAAGUAAUCAAGUAAUAAGUAACAGUACCUUCAACUCACCAAAUGAUAAAUAUAAAAACAAACCUCAAAAACCAAUGAAUAAUAAUAGUAAUAUUAACAAUAGUGGUCAUUAUCCCCAUGCAUUACCGCCAUACUAUAGCCAUACCCAAAAUCAUCAUGGUCACAAUCAUCAUCACACUCACCAUCAUACCCAUAAUAAUAAUUUACAAUCAAAUCAACUAUUUAAAUCAUUGCUAUCAGUUGGUGAUGAAAAUCCUUCAGAUAAUAAAAAACUAAAGAAAAACAAUAGCAACUCCUCAAAGAAGCAGCAAGCAAGCUCACCCAAAGGCUCACCCAAUACAUCGGAUAAUGAAGAUGAUAAUGAUAACCAAUUUCAUAUGGAAAUCGAUUGGGAAAAACAACUUUUAAAUAAUAAUAAAAAACCCAAUAACAACAUAAAAAAAUAUACAUAUAAAAUCAAUCAUGAUGAAGAUGAUACAGAUAAUGAUAGCACCUUCAGUCACUAUAGUAAUAAUAGUAGUAAUUUUAGUAGUAAUAAUAAUAGUAGCUUUUAUUCCAAAAAGAAUAAAAGAAAUGUAAAUAUACAAGAAGAAAUACCCUGGGCAACCGAAGAAUUUUAUUAUGAUCCAAUGUUAACCAAUUUAGAUGACUUGCACCAAAUCAUAGCAAUAUUAAAAGAGAAAUAUACACUAUAUUCAGGAAAAUCACAAGAAUUGGAAAAACGUGUACAAACAGCAAUCAAAGCAAAUAACAGACUAGAGGAUGAUAUCGAUGACAUUAAAAAGGAUUGUAUAACGCUCUCGCUGUCAAAUCAAGCAUUAAAAAAGAACAACCAGCUUUUAGAGGCAACUAUAGAAUACCACUCCAACAGUACAGCACAAAUAAAAAUGAACUAUUUCAAUUUAGAAAAAGAGAAUCAGUUACUAAAGAAAAGAUUACAAUUUUUUGAAGAUAUCACCGAAAAGAACCAAAAACUAUUAGAGACCACACAAAAAGAUCUGGAGCUUAAGGACCAAAAAUACCAUUCCGAAUUGGAACAUCUAAACACUCAAUAUAUCUCCACCAUACAAAAUGUCAGAAAAGAGUAUCAAUUAGAAUUUGAAAAUGAAUAUCGAAAAAACAAAGAACUACUCUCUCACAGUGACAAAAAGAAAAUGCAAAUAGAGCUUGAAAACAGUACACUACGUCAACUAUUACAACAAUCUAACGAGAAAAUUGAAUCACUCGAAAAUCUAUAUGAAGAGAAAUUAAAGCAGUAUCAAAUCCACGAAGAAGAGAAACAAAGUCAAUCUAUAUCUCAAGAAAUACUCACCACCGAAAAUCUAAAACUUAUAGAGAAAAUUAAAAAGAGUGAAUUGAAGAAAACUCGUGAUGUAAAGAAUGAACUUAAAAGAACCGAGGAAGAACGUAACCACCAUAAAAUAGAUGACCAUCUAUAUUACAAUCUAUAUUAUUAUUAUUUAUUAUUAUUUAUUAUUAUUUAUUAUUAUUAUUAUUUAACUUUUUGUUUCUUUUUAGAUGAUUCUUUAUUGUCUUCUUCUAAAAUACUUGAUUGCUUUUCUUUAUUUGUCGAUUCUUUUAAUGAAUCUUUAGUUGAUGAUUCUUUUAAAUCUUUAGAUAAAUCUUUUGCUAUUGCUGUAUUGGUUGUAUCUGCUGCUUUUGUAGCUGAUGUAGUUGUAGUAGUUGUGGUUGUAGUUGUAGUUGGUAAAGCAGUUGUUGGAUUGUUUAAUAAAUUUGCGUUUGCUUGGUUCUCUUCGACCUCUUGUGGUGGAAUAUUUUCGGCAAAAUACUCUGGCUUUCUAAUGUUGAUGCCAUAUUCUCUUAAUGCCUGUGAUAAAUCAUCCAAUGUCAAUACUAAUGCUUUAUCUUUUCUAGUUUUUUCUCUUGAUGUUCCUUGUAAUCUAAUCUUGCAAAAUUGCAAACUGUCAUUUGUAACAUCUGAUAUAAAUUUUUGUGUUGCUAGUGAAAUUAAUCUUUUAAUUUUGAUAUCUGAACAUGAAAAUCCAGUUUUAUUUAAAUAA